AUGUACAACCAGCCCAUGGGAGGACCAAACAUGCAGGGUCAACCAAUGGGAUCACAUCAAAUGCAGAACAGCACAAUUGGGGCUCAACUGAUGCACAAUCAACCAAUGGGUGGGCAGCAGAUGCACAAUCAACCAAUGGGUGGGCAGCAGAUGCACAAUCAGCCAAUGGGGACACAGCAAAGACAAGGACAUCAGGGACAGGGACAGGACAUGCCAAUGGGUGGCCAACGGAAUCAGGGGCAGCAGUACAGCCAGCAAAUGCCACAAUACAACCAAUACCAACAACCGCAGCAGCAGAAACAACAACAGGCGCCCCGACCCAUAUAUAACAACAAUAACAUCUACAACAAUAAUAAUACCAACACUAACUAUAACAACAACAACAACAGAUACAAUAGUAACAACAACAACAACAACCAUAGCCACAACAACAACAACAACCAGUACAACCCGCAACGAUCUUCCUCGCAACGGCCUGCCUAUCUCUCGGGGUCUGUAUCUCUCGCCGAUGACGUGGACAAACGUGUUCUAGUGGUGAUGCGAGACGGCAGGAAGCUUAUCGGCUACCUGCGUUCGUUCGAUCAGUUUGCGAACGUUGUCCUCCACCGCACCAUUGAGCGAGUGUAUGUGGGUCAGCAGUACGGCGAUAUACAGCGUGGCAUCUACGUGGUCAAGGGCGAGAAUGUAGUCUUGAUGGGCGAGUUGGACCCGAUGCUGGAGGCAGACUCGAAGCUGAAGGAAGUGGAUGUACUGGACAUUUUAGAAUUGCAACGAGACGAACAGGAGACCAAAGCGGAAGCCCUGAAGAUGAAGAACAAAAUCUUGAUGGCGAGGGGUUACCAAAUCUCGAACGACUCGGCGUUUGAUGACCUGCACGGCUGAAUAUGCGACAGAUAGCUAUGCUUAGCACAUCUAGGCGCUGGUGACUUACCCUCCGUAGGAGAUGUCACUGAGGCGAUUAUAAAACACUUGCACGUACGAGGUGUACUACCACUUGUGAGAUGGUCGCUGGUGGUCACUGGUUGACGCGGACAAUCCUGCUGCGUAUAGUUAGUUAUGGGUGAUCGCAACAAAUGUUAUAUGACAACUCAUGCUUUGCAUGCUUGUCGGCGAACUGCACCUUACCCGUAGCACUCACUUCGAUCUGAUUUCGGAGGGACUAGCAGGCUAGCCAUGCGGCUCUUACAUACAUUUGGACACAUUUGGGCAUUGGCACCCUGGGUCUCGUGGAGUCGACUAAAGCGCAUGUGCACAUGAAGUUUAUAGGCGACGGUUGCGUACAAUGUGAGACUGUAGCUUGUGGCCGGAUGCUCAUGUUGUCUCUAGCGGGCGUGUCUUCUGUGUGAGUAAGUCCGUAGUUCCAGCACUUAUUAGUGUCUGAGAAGCAAUCUCAAUAAAGCAACCAGGUUUAAAAUCGC